AUGCAGCCCAUCACAAUUGUGACGAUUUUGGUGAUUCUCUGGAACUCCGGCGUAACACUGGGUAUCACCGGUGAUUGUUCCAACUGCGAUUCCACCAAUGGACAGUAUGCUUGUAUUAACGAGACGGCAUAUGGAAUGUGCUUCAAUCUGGGAAGCGUUGAUGAAAAUACUGUCCAAAAUUGUCGAGAUGGGUACUAUUGCGUUAUCCAAGGAUUCUGUGCAUUAAUGGAUUCAGCUGAGCCCUCUUGUGUCCCUGAUGAUUCAACUACCACCACCGAUUUAACAACAGAAUCCACCACUUUAACAACGGACUUAGUCACAGAUUCUUCAACUUUGCCUCCAACAACGACAACUACAGAAGAUUCCACCGUCACGGAUUCAUCAACGGAAUCUUCAACCACUACAAUAGAUACUACCACAACAGAAUCUACUACCACCGAAUCUUCGACCGAAUCUUCUACCACCGAGACUGAUUCUUCGACAGUUUCUACUACCACAGAAUCGUCGUCGGAAUCAACAACCACAGAUUCUCCGACAGAGUCUACCACCACAGAUUCUUCAACAGUUUCUACUACCGAGGAAUCUUCGACCGAUUCUUCUACAACUACUAUAGAAUCUACGACAGAAAUAAUCACAGUAUCUACACCCGAUUCAACAACUGUCCCCUCAACGGUACUACCAGAUUCUUCAUCUACAGACUCGACCACCGAGUCUACUGUACCUUCUACGGCAUUACCAGAUUCUUCAACUGAUUCGUCCACAACAGAAUCUUCAACCGAUUCUCCCACAACAGAAUCUUCUACCGAAAGUAGCACAGAAUCCAGUACUUCAACGGCAAGUCCAAACACUACCAGCCCCGUUAGUACCGCAACUACCGAUUCUACCGAAACGGACCCUGAAGAAUACUGCUCAAAUCUACGACGAAAAGGAUACUUUCGAGUUGAAACUGACACAACAUGCAAAGAGUACGUUUACUGCUAUAAGCUGGGUCAAGACUAUCUAGGAUGGCUCUACUAUUGCAAUACCGGUCAAUAUUACAAUUCGGAAACAGGAUCAUGCCAAUCAGAACGACCUUCCAAUUGUUGA